CUGGCUGGGGAGAGAAAGACAAAAAACAUCAGAGAAGAGAGAAGAUUUAUACAACAGGCCAGUCAAGAGAAGCUGGCACUUUUUCUUCUGCGCUGUCCGCUAAUUUAUCGCACAACAGCAGCAGCAGGGGCCGACGUUCCAAGGAACGACGCGUCGAACACCCGGUCUGUCUGUACGCAGGCUAGAGAGGAGAGGAGCCCUUGCGAACAACAGAUGCAGCAGCCGCUGUGAGGCGCCGAUCGCUCCGAAAACAGACUGGCGGAAGAAGGACUUCUUUGUGUCCGCACGCCAAGCGAGCUGGAGCGAGAAUGUAGAGUCGAGGACGCAACCUCAGCGGCGGCCCCUGAGCAAUGGCCAAGAAGCAGUUGAACAAUGUCGAAGUGCAAGUGUUCGAGAGCGAAUUGGCUUCCCUAGCAGUUCGAGAGACGGUCCUCCUGGAAAAUAAAAUGGACUUGCGGUCGAAGAGCAGGUACAGGACCAUCGUCUUGGCGUGCUUCCUGCUGGCGGUCUCCAGCAUCAUCUACUUGGGUUACUUUUGCUCCGACCAGGUGUGCGCGCUGUCUACGGCCAGCAGGCCAACAGCUGACCUGAGCACCUGGGCAGCGCUCAACCUGCCGUCCAUCGGUGACAACCUGGGCCGGCCUCUUGAAAGCGCCCUCAAGGGUCAGAGCCUCAGUUACGAUGAGGUGCAAAACGAGACUUUUGAUAUGAACGCUCACGACGUGAUGGUGUUCCUGCACAUUCAGAAGACCGGAGGCACAUCCUUCGGCAAGCACCUGGUGCGCGACCUCGACCUCAAGAGGCCGUGCACCUGCCACAGAAAGAGGAAGCGCUGCUACUGCUUCCGGCCGAACAGCACUGAAAACUGGCUCUUCAGCCGGUACUCCACGGGCUGGAAAUGUGGUCUGCACGCUGAUUGGACUGAGCUGACCAACUGUGUCGACGCAGAGUUGGACAAGAAUGAGGGCGGAGCGGUCAAAAGAAGAUACUUCUACCUGACGCUGCUGCGCGAUCCCGUCAGCCGCUACCUGUCUGAGUUCCGGCACGUGCAGCGCGGUGCCACUUGGCGCAACUCGCGGCACUGGUGCGGCGGGCGCGAGGCGACCGAGGAGGAGCUGCCGCACUGUUACUCAGGCGACACAUGGCAAGGUGUUGACCUGAGCCAGUUCCUCGCGUGUCCGCACAACUUAGCGUCCAACCGGCAGACGCGCAUGCUGGCAGACCUUGCGCUGGUCGGCUGCUACAACCGGACCUACUUGUCCCACGAGCAGCGGGACACGGUACUGCUCAGCUCAGCCAAGCGCAACCUGGCGGCGAUGGCCUUCUUUGGGCUGACCGAGUACCAGAAGAUCAGCCAGUACGUGUUCGAGGAGACGUUCAACUUGCGGUUCGCGGUGCCAUUCGAGCAGCACAACUCAACUGUGUCCGGCGCCACGAUGACCGAGCUGUCCGAGCAGCAGCUCGAGCUGGUCAAACGCGCCAACAACCUGGACAUCGAAUUGUACAACUUUGCCAAAGAGCUCAUGUACCGCAGGUUCGAACGGCUGAAGAACAAAGACAGCCGCUUUCAGGAGCGGUUCCAGCACCUGGGCGAAUUACCUUUCAAUUGGGACAAGCUGGAGGAAUGACACGCGGCCCCCACAGGGCCCUCUCGGCAGCUCCAUUUUCUUAUCUAAUCGUUUCAUAGUUAGAUUUUAUACGCAUUUAUGCACAACCAUUCGCCGAUUCAUUUCCUAUUGAGACUUGAAAAAUCACUAUUAAUUUAAACAAUUUGCCUUUUUUAAUGACAAUUUUAUAUUUUGUGAUCAAUACACUUGGAAAUUCUUGCUGGCUAUAUAAUCGUUUCAAACAAUUUGACUGAAUCGAUCAACAAGAAAUUUUUUAAGCUAUUCAGAAUAGGAGUAACGUAAUCAUUAUUGAAAAUGUGGGCAACGAUAAUUUAAACUUUUAAAUAAAAGCUAAUUUUAUAUGUCAAAAUUAAAAUUAUUCUGCUUGGAUUUUGGAAAGCUUCAAUAAAAAGUUUGACUGUUGCGACAGCCUAUAUAAAUUUCCAAGUCUCUUGAUCACAUUUAUAUUGCUGAUAAUAUGAGUGGCGUGGCUACACACUCAGCUAUAGAUUAGUUGACAGAUUAUAUCGUGCUGUUUCAACAAUGAAAGUAGAUAACUGCAGAUGAAACCGUCAUAGCUAGGGAGUCCAAUAGUUCAGAUAGAUGACGCUUGCGUGAUAUUUUUGCAGAGUAUAGCCCGUGGACAGAAAAUAAACAUUGGGAAAACGUCAA